CCCGGCUGCUCCGCGCUGGGCUCGGGAGGGGGGUAGCUGCGGGUGGAGGUGCGCUUCUGACAAGCUCGAAAGUCAUUUCCAAUCUCAAGUGGACUUUGUUCCAACUAUUGGGGGCGUCGCUCCCCCUCUUCAUGGUCGCGGGCAAACUUCCUCCUCGGCGCCGCUUCUAAUGGAGCCCCACCUGCUCGGGCUGCUCCUCGGCCUCCUGCUCUGUGGCACCAGGGUCCUCGCCGGCUACCCAAUUUGGUGGUCCCUGGCCCUGGGCCAGCAGUACACGUCCCUGGGCUCACAGCCCCUGCUCUGUGGCUCCAUCCCAGGCCUGGUCCCCAAGCAACUGCGCUUCUGCCGCAAUUACAUCGAAAUCAUGCCCAGUGUGGCUGAGGGUGUGAAGCUGGGCAUCCAGGAGUGCCAGCACCAGUUCCGGGGCCGCCGCUGGAACUGCACCACCAUUGACGACAGCUUGGCCAUCUUCGGGCCCGUCCUUGACAAAGCCACCCGCGAAUCAGCCUUUGUGCACGCCAUUGCCUCAGCCGGUGUGGCCUUUGCCGUCACACGCUCCUGUGCCGAGGGCACCUCCACCAUCUGUGGCUGUGACUCGCAUCAUAAGGGGCCGCCUGGAGAGGGCUGGAAGUGGGGCGGCUGCAGUGAGGACGCCGACUUCGGGGUGCUCGUGUCUCGGGAGUUUGCCGACGCACGCGAGAACAGGCCGGAUGCCCGCUCGGCCAUGAACAAGCACAACAACGAGGCUGGCCGCACGACCAUCCUGGACCACAUGCACCUCAAGUGCAAGUGCCAUGGGCUGUCAGGCAGCUGCGAGGUCAAGACCUGCUGGUGGGCCCAGCCCGACUUCCGCGCCAUCGGUGACUUCCUCAAGGACAAGUACGACAGCGCCUCAGAGAUGGUGGUGGAGAAGCAUCGGGAGUCCCGCGGCUGGGUGGAAACCCUCCGCGCCAAGUACGCGCUCUUCAAGCCGCCCACGGAGCGGGACCUGGUCUACUACGAGAACUCCCCCAACUUUUGCGAGCCCAACCCCGAGACGGGCUCCUUUGGCACCAGGGACCGGACUUGCAAUGUCACCUCCCACGGCAUCGAUGGCUGCGACCUGCUCUGCUGCGGCCGCGGCCACAACACAAGGACGGAGAAGCGGAAGGAGAAAUGCCACUGCAUCUUCCACUGGUGCUGCUAUGUGAGCUGCCAGGAGUGCAUCCGCAUCUACGACGUGCACACCUGCAAGGCACUGGGAACGGGUGAAGUGUGUGGCUGGGCGGAUUCACUGAAGUCCUAUGGGAAGCAGGACCCAGAGCUGGGCUCAGCCCUCAGCAUCAGACAGCAAGGAAUCCGGACUGUUGCCAGAUGCACGUGUGGUAAAUUACCUGGACCCAACCCGCCCGCUGCCUGGGAGGCCUCCCUCCCUCUCUCUCAUCUUAAGUUUCUCACCCCACUCUGGAUGGUGUGUGGUUUUUAAAGAAGGGGCUUUCUGUUUAGUUCUCUAGGGUCUGAUAGGAACAGACCCGAGGCUUAUCUUUGCACAUGUUAAAGAAAAUAAAAGUGGAAAAACAAAACAAAACAAAACAACCUCUACUCCAACAGAACAGGCUGGGCUAAUGUGAACGCUCUGCCUGGUGGUGAAGAUGUCGGCGUGGGCAAGUUUCUGUUUCCCAACUGCCUCUUCCGGUGACAUUCCAAGAUGCCUAUGAGGUGGGAGUCAGGAAGUAGGACAAAGCCCUGCAGUCUCCUUUUCUCUGUCUACUCCCAUUCAAAUCUGAUAGACUUUCACAUUCUGAUAAAAGCCAUAGGGUUCGCUGGGAUAAAGUGGUAGGGAGGCCCAAGGCAAUCGUUAGAGUCGGGUUUUGAGUUUUGAAGAACCAGGAGUUCUGGGUGACCUGGUAAGCUGUUUGAAGAGCAGCUGUAUGUUCUUCUCAGUCCCGUUUUCUCUGUAACCCUGUUCUGCACGAGAGGCUCUUAUGAACUGCAGUCAGAUCUCAAAAUCUUUUUCUACCAUUCUGCAGUUUCCACCAUUAAUGCAGUACCUUUUUUUUUUUGUAGUGAACGUUGUAAAUAGGUUAUGUGUUGGGGGUAAGCCUUCUCCAGCUCAAAUGGCUUCCUAAAGAAAGAAGUGGUAUCUUUAGAAGGGGCCACUCUGUCCCUCCCAGCCCUGCUCACCUGCAGAUUCUCCAUUAAAAACAACUCCAGGUCGAGCAGUUGGACUCAGAGAGAAAGUAGCAAUCUAGUCCUGAAGUUCCAAUUUUGUGACUAGUGGAUGGGGAGGAUAAAAAUGAUCCCUUCGUUUCCUCUCCACUAAAAACACGUCAUCCUGCACCCUUUUCUCUCCUUGGCCUGUGUGAGGAAACGGAAAUGCAGAGAUCUUCCAGCCUCACCUGUAUGCUGACCGCACCAAUCCAUGCAGUCACCAAGGAUCAGGAUUGGGUUUUCAAACUAGGGCAAGCAGUCACUUGCUCCCUUGGGUAAAGCAUCUCACAGCUGAGUUCUCCUUGAUCCACCUGGGUCCUCUGGAGUGUCUCAGAGGAAGCUCGCAAACUGGAGGCAAGAGGCAAGAGUUAACCCAACAGCUCUGUCGUGAGGAGAUUCAGGAAGAAGAGAUGCAGCAGAAGCAUAGGAUAGAACAAGGUGAUUUCUUCCUUUCCCCUUCUCUCUUGGGUCUACCUAACACUCUCCUAAGACACCAGGUCAAGGAUCUUCCCACUUGCUCAGGCAGCUUCUCCAAGACGAUCGAUUGUCUAGAAGUCAAGCCUGUACUCUUGAAUCUGCUGGCACCGAGCCUUGCUAAAGAUACACAUCCCAUCCCUUCUAAGAGAGUCUGAAAUGCCCCUCCCCAUCUCACCUUAGAAAAGUUUUAAAUCAUGUCAACCAGAUAAUGCUUGCUUUAUAUGAGAAUUAUUUCAGCAGAGUGGAAACAAAUUUUCAAAACAGUCUUUUCAUAUCUAUGUAUUCUAUAUUAAGAGUGAUAAAGUCAUGUUUCUGGGGCAUAUUCAAGUAGCCGAUAAGUGAUUAUUUAAUAAUAGUACAUUGAGUGCAUUGUAAUUAUUCGCGCCGUAGUCAGGUAAUAGUAUCCAACAGAAAUUUCCUACCAACCUGCUGUAUCCAAAGUUUUGUAAAAAGUUGUAGAAGUUGUUGAUCUUUUUGAUUUUAUAUUCAAAAAGUCUCUUUUUAUAAAUAUUAUUUAUUAUACAAUGUAUAUACCUUUGAGUUAACUAAGAUUAUAUAUUAUAUAAAUAUAUAUAUAUAUUUGGAGAAAAUAUAUUUCAUCAUGCAGUCUUUUUCUGUUAAGUCAUUAAAGACAAGGUAAACAAACUUAAAAUGGAUACAUUGUACAGUGUGUGG